AUGUCGCUGAACAGCUAUGUCGACAAGAAGGUGUGCAUCAUCACCACCGACGGGCGCAAUCUCGUCGGCACCCUGGCAGCCCACGACCACACCACGAACCUGGUCCUCAAAAACACGGUCGAGCGCGUGAUCCGCACCCCCGACGAGGGCGAGCCGUCGGUCGAGGUGCCGCUGGGCCUGUACAUCAUCCGCGGCGAGAACGUGUGCCUGGUGGGGCUGGUCGACGAGGCGCUGGACGCGAGCAUCAACUGGGCUGAGGUGAAGGGCGCCGUCAUCGGGACGACGAAGCACUGA